CCAGCGCCGGCCCAGGGGCUCCCGAGGAGGAGCCGCCGGGACCGGUCACCGACAGAGGCGCCCGGAGCCGCCGCCGCCGCCGCCGCCCAGCCCCGUUGGACGCGGACCUGCGGAGGAGCCGGGCAAUUUUUUCAUAGUUGGCAAAACUCUCCAGACUGAAGUGCAUUAUUGAUUGGUUUUAAAUGGAAUGAUGUAUUUGGUGCCUUGGACAUGAAAUAAGCAUAACUCUGCCUGCUGUAAGCAUAGGACUGAGGACCGAUGUGGGAAAUAUGGACCUAAUGAAUGGGCAGACGAGCAACGUUAAUAUUGCAGCUACUGCUUCCGAGAAGAGUAGCAGCUCUGAAUCAUUAAGUGACAAAGGUUCUGAACUGAAGAAAAGUUUCGAUGCUGUGGUAUUUGAUGUUCUCAAAGUUACACCAGAGGAAUAUGCGGGUCAGAUAACACUCAUGGAUGUUCCAGUAUUUAAAGCUAUUCAACCAGAGGAGCUGUCAAGUUGUGGAUGGAAUAAAAAAGAGAAGUAUAGUUCUGCACCAAAUGCAGUUGCCUUCACACGGAGAUUUAAUCACGUAAGCUUUUGGGUUGUAAGAGAGAUUCUUCAUGCACAAACAUUAAAGAUAAGAGCUGAAGUUUUGAGCCACUAUAUUAAAACCGCCAAGAAACUGUAUGAGCUGAAUAAUCUACAUGCCCUAAUGGCAGUCGUGUCUGGUUUACAAAGUGCCCCCAUAUUCAGACUCACCAAAACUUGGGCGUUACUGAGUCGAAAAGACAAAACUACCUUUGAAAAGUUGGAAUAUGUUAUGAGUAAAGAAGAUAAUUACAAAAGACUUAGGGAUUAUAUCAACAGCUUGAAGAUGACACCUUGCAUUCCAUAUUUAGGUAUCUAUCUGUCUGAUUUGACAUAUAUUGACUCAGCAUACCCGUCUACUGGCAGCAUAUUGGAAAGUGAGCAAAGAUCAAAUUUAAUGAAUAACAUCCUUCGAAUAAUUUCAGAUUUACAGCAAUCCUGUGAAUAUGAUAUUCCCAUGUUGCCUCAUGUCCAAAAAUAUCUAAACUCUGUUCAGUACAUAGAAGAGCUACAAAAGUUUGUGGAAGAUGACAAUUACAAACUUUCAUUAAAGAUAGAGCCAGGGACCAGUACACCACGUUCUGCUGCUUCCAGGGAAGAUUUAGUAGGUCCUGAAGUAGGGGCGUCACCACAAAGUGGACGAAAAAACAUUGCAGCAGAAGGAGCCUUGCUACCCCAAACACCCCCAUCACCAAGGAACUUGAUACCACAUGGCCACAGGAAAUGCCAUAGCUUGGGCUACAAUUUUAUUCACAAAAUGAACACAGCAGAAUUUAAAAGCGCAACAUUCCCUAAUGCGGGACCAAGGCAUCUAUUGGAUGACAGUGUCAUGGAGCCCCACGCACCAUCCCGGGGGCAGGCUGAGAGCUCAACUCUUUCCAGUGGAAUAUCAAUAGGUAGCAGUGAUGGUUCAGAACUUAGUGAAGAAACUUCAUGGCCUGCUUUUGAAAGGAACAGAUUAUACCAUUCUCUCGGUCCGGUGACAAGAGUGGCACGAAAUGGCUAUCGAGGCCACAUGAAGGCCAGCAGUUCUGCUGAAUCUGAAGAUUUGGCUGUGCACCUGUAUCCAGGAGCAGUUACAAUCCAAGGUGUUCUCAGGAGAAAGACACUAUUAAAAGAAGGCAAAAAACCUACGGUAGCAUCUUGGACGAAAUAUUGGGCAGCAUUAUGUGGGACUCAGCUUUUUUACUAUGCUGCCAAAUCUCUGAAGGCUACAGAGAGAAAACAUUUUAAAUCUACAUCUAACAAGAAUGUGUCAGUGGUAGGGUGGAUGGUGAUGAUGGCUGAUGACCCAGAACACCCAGACCUCUUCUUACUGACAGACUCUGAGAAAGGAAACUCAUACAAGUUUCAAGCUGGUAAUAGAAUGAAUGCAAUGCUGUGGUUCAAACAUCUGAGUGCCGCCUGCCAAAGCAACAGACAACAGGUUCCUGCCAACUUGAUGACUUUUGAAUAAAAGCCUGAAAGCCUGAAAAAGAAGAGUUGAUGAACUAUGGACUGUGUGUUGCCCUCAAGUAGGGGAGAGGACCGUGCCAGCUAAUAAACUUAAUUCUGUGCCAGGACAGAGCCAAGAGGCUCAGUCUCAAGACUUUGGAGUACUGAACAAACAAAAAAAGCACUAAUUUCAGGGAAUGGAGUCACAAUUAGUGAUGUUCCCAGAGUGAAAUUUGGAGUUGAAACAUGAACUGCCAUGGACCAUGCUUCUUAAUUAUCUCUGAACUGACCUGUGGAAACCACUGCCUUAAAGAGUGAAAGGAAAACCAACAAGAAACACCAAAUAGUGUGUGUGAAUCUUCUGGCGGUGCUGUGCUUGAUAGAUUGUAGCUAGUUUGCAUUUCUUUUAACUUUGUACUAAUUUUGGAGGGGAAAAAAAUCACCUUUUUUAGAUAUUCUUUAAAAAGAGUAAAACAUAUUUCUUAGGGGUUGCAUCGAGCUGGGUUUGAACUGGGGAUAAAAGGUACUUUGCGUUCUAGGGAUUAUACCAGCAGCCCUCUUUAGGAGCUUGUUUCAGUCUCCACUGUGGAGCCCCACUCAUUCUCUCAGACCAGGUGUAUCAGAACUGUAAAAAUUGUGAAGUUUUGGGUUUUUUUUUAAACACUAAACUUGCAAACCUUAGUACUGUAUGGGAACAUCAUUUCCUGAAAGAGGCACAAAGGCUGAGUGUUUAUACACCAGAUAGGUUUCUUUUUUAAUAGAAUAGAGAACAAGGUUGUUUCUGUUUAGAAUACAGUCUAGUAGUCUAGUUAUAUGUGUUAGUGUAUGACCAGAAGGUAUACUUAGGAGAAGACUACUAUUUUCCUGUCUUAGGCAUUAUCGUGCCUGAGAUGGUUUUCACAGUACCACAUCUCACAAUUAGGACGGUGUUUUCCUUAGAAGUCCAUUUUCCAACCUGUGUUAAUUUGUGUCAUUAGUCUCUCUGAUUUCAAAGUGUUAUGUGCCUGUUGGUUUCAACCUUCAGGAGUUUUCAUUUUGCAGUGUUCAAAGUGCACAGUGCCAGAGUUUUCUUCUUUAUAUUAUUAUUUUCAGCUAACAUUGACAUUCAAGGUGAGCUUCAGUAGCACAUUGACUUUAAGAACGAGGAAAACUUUUUCUAAGUCUUAAGGCCCACAAAGCAAUCAUUUUCAAAGGGAAAAAAGGAGAAUGACUAAAUGAAUUGAGAGAUGGGCAUUCCUUGUAAUGAGAAAGACCCCAUUCACUGUAUAGGCCACUUACAAAAUAUUAGUCUGAUUUAUCUUGGGUGAUUGUAAUCACAAAAAUGUGUCUUCUUUGGAAUGCCUCACCUAGUAGCAAAAUGGGUGUAUGCGGGUGUGCAUAUUGAAAUUGUUACACAGUCUAAAUCUUCAUCACCUUGGAAAAUAACCUUCACUAAAAGGAAUACCAGAAAAUGAGUUUUGGGGACCCUAAAUUUCUAAGACAAUCCACAGUGGUUAAUAUUUCUAGUAAUUGAUCUAUUUGUACAUCUCUUUCCAUGAUUUUGUUUUAUGAAGAAAAAGUAAUUGUGUGCAGUCAGUCACAAUAUUUCAUUUCUUCUUCACCCUAAGUAUUUAGGCUUUGACUCAGUGAAACUAGAACAGGGAGAGGAGCUGUCCCUGUCAAUACCUAAAGAUCAACUCUAAAAGAAAAGGAUAUUCCAAGUGUUAGAAAUUAGCAAUGUAAUUUUCUUAUGUUUCUAAAGAGGUUAGAACACCGUUAGAAGUAUCUUGUGAUUUAGUGUCCGUUAUAUGUUUUUUUUCUUUGGUGUAUGUACCAUUCAUUUUUGACUUGAAGUGUUUUAUUUUGAAAAAUGGCAUGGGUGGGGAGAGAGAGAUGGGAAGGGAGGUUGCCUGAAACAAAUCAUUUUUUGGUUCUCUCAACUCCCAAGUUUAACCCAUGUUGGGUACAAAGCAAAGACACCAUCUGCAUAGCCAGCAGUAUUACUAUGUAGACUUUGCACAUCUUUCAUUUAUGUUUUCAUUUUUAAAAAUUACGUACAUGUGUUUCGUUUCUUUUCAGAAAUAAGUGUUUUUAACAAUGUGUGUACUUUUUUAAAAGCACUGUGUGGCUGAGAACCCUGUGGUUUUGGAUUUUUAAAUAAGCUAAUCUAGUUAAGUUGCAGACUGACCAUAUCUGUUCUUGUGUCAGUAAGUGGAGAUACUGUCACUGGGAGUCAGAGACUGACAUCAUACAAUUUUGCUGAAGAGAGAGCCUUGUGGGAAGGUGUGUUUGAUUUUGUUUUUCAACUCUAGUUUAAUUUCUAGUGCUUAAAAAAAAUCAGAGCCAGUAGAGGGAUGUAUAGUAGAGAUUUUGUUGAUCGAAUUUGCCAAUCAGAACUGCAGCUUGAUUCUCUGAUUCUCUUUUGACCUUAAGGGGGAGAGGCUUUUUUUUUCUUCUUCCAAACCCCAAAUUCAUCCAUUCCUGGAAGGAAUUUCUUAAUGAUCCCCCAAUACUCUCAGAAAUAUGCAAAGUUACAAAAACAUUUCUGAGAUAUCUACAUCCCGAGAUUUCAAUGAAUGGUUCUGCUGACAAAGGAAAUUUGAUUUGAUACUAAGACGAUGUAUGGGAACUAGAAGUCUAAGUUGAGUAGUGACACAUUAUAAACCUCUUUGAAAAUACUGAGUUACAUACUUCCAAAUGCUAUCUAGAUUCAUGCAAAGAUUUGUAGCAGCUGGAAUUUCCAGGUAUCUGCCAGAUAACCGUAGUUCCUUUGCUGUUAAAGUGGCCAUUGUCAUGGUCUUUUACAAAGUGCUUGAUCUGAAAUUUUACUAACAUCACUUUGUUCUUUCCAUCAAAAGAGGUAUUUUUAAUUGUAUUGUAAUAUAAGAUUCUGAUCACAAAAUAUGAAUUCAGCACAGCCUCAAGACUUCUGUAUCACAAGACACCUAAAGUUUUCCUUACUUUUUAAGUUCAUACUACUUCCUACUGAUUCCUGCUGCACGUUCAAGCACAUUUUAAUGUAUAUCUAGUUCUGCUUCUACCAAAAGUUUAGCACUGAAGAGUUUGUGUGAGAAUGGAUCAAACACACCUUCCUUGUCAGUUUGUUGUUUUCUAAAAUUAGGAAAAUUUGUGUUGAUUUUUUUUACCAAAAGGGGUCCGAACAACAUGAGCUUGAGUGUUCUCUCUUCCUGGGUAGGUGCUUCAUUUUAUAAACUCUUUCCUGUGGAAAAUGCCAUAUGACUACUGCACAAUGACCUGUGUUGGGCUGUGCUGAUAUUCAGUAUAUCCGAAUGUCUGGAGUCCACCAGGAGUCAGGAUGAUUGUAGCUGCACAGUAUUUAUUCUAGUGUUUAAUUCUCUUCCAGAAAAUGUACUAGGGAUCUUUAGAAAAUAAAAGUUGCUGGGUGGGGAAUUAAAGAAUAGGAAAACCCCUCCACAUACAUUUACUGAAAAGCUGUUUUGAGAAUUAGCAUUCUGUCAUAGCAGCCUCUCUACCUCCAUAUUUCUUUACUGUGCUAUAGGCUUUAUCUGACCUAUUUGGAAUCUUCUGAGGAUGUUUCCAGUCCACAGACUUGGAGAUCAGCAAAAGAGGUAACUACUGUGAGCAACAACUUUACUACUGAAAAUGCAGUUAUGCAGCAGAAAAUGAAUUUAUUAGGAAGCAGAGAGGCUACUGCUUCUUUUACUGAUAGAGAUUUCUAGUCCUAACAUUCAUUUUUUUGCCAUUUCAUGAAGCACAUUCCUUUACAGUCAAAUUACUGGAUCUCAUAUUAUCUUCCUCUGCAAAACUGCAAGUGUUGUCUGCAAAAAGACCCUUUUGAGCUGAGCAAAAGUUAAGUUUUGUUCUUCAAAAGUUCAUUGUAUGAUUGGAUCCCUUUUGUGUAAAUGAAGAAUUGGACUGUAUCUUGGCCCCCACUGUUUCAGGUCUCUGUAAGAAGCAGCAAAUGGUA